GCGGUGCGGUGGCGAGGAGCCAACACCAAGCUGUUGCAAUACCUGCCAUGCGUAAUUUGAAGUUGCUGAGGAGCCUAUGCAGUAAUGCGCUGCACGGGCUCGGAAAACCUCAGUGUCUGUCUGUACGCACCGAUACAGGGACUGUACUUGUGGGAUCCAACCUUGGAAUCACCGAACUAGACCCACAGACUGAACAGGUGGUCAAUGAGGUGUCCCUGGUUGGGGAAGCUUAUCUCCCUGAAGAUGGUACUGGCUGUAUUGUUGGUAUCCAGGAUCUGCCAGACCAGGAAUCUGUGUGUGUGGCCACCUCCUCAGGGGAUGUUAUACUUUAUAACGUAACCAACAAUCAGUUGGAGUGUGUAGGAAGUGUCGAGAGUGGGCUGACUGGGAUGAGCUGGAGUCCAGACCAGGAGCUUGUUAUACUCACCACAGGACAGGAGACCAUCAUAAUGAUGACCAAAGAUUUUGACCCAAUUACUGAAGUAAGAAUCCAUCAGGAUGACUUUGGUGAAGGAAAAUUCAUCACUGUUGGCUGGGGAAAGAAGGAAACACAGUUCCAUGGAUCGGAGGGUAAACAAGCAGCUCAUCGUAAGCAGGUGGUAA